GCAGGGUCCAAGGAGCAGCUCUCCACCGACCCUACUGCAGCGGGAGGCUCCAGAGCCUGGAAUCAGAAUGGACCCGGCCCCGGGAAUCACUGCCGAGGGUCCUUCUGGAGACAACAAGAGCAGGGGGCAGGUGCCCCCACGGAGGGGACUGCGGAGGAUCAUCCCAGAAGGCUUUGGGGCGGAAGUCUGGAGUCUUUUCAAACUCUCGGGACCCCUGUUCCUGUUCCAGCUGUUGAUUUUCAUGAUCUUUGUGGUGAGCACCGUGUUCUGUGGGCACCUGGGAAAGGUGGAGUUGGCCUCCGUGACCCUGGCCGUGGCGUUUGUCAACAUUUGCGGAGUUUCCGUGGGCUACGGCAUGGCGUCGGCCUGCGACACCCUGAUGUCUCAGACUUAUGGAAGCGCCAACAAGAAGCACGUGGGGGUCAUCCUGCAAAGGGGGAUCCUGAUCCUGCUGCUGUGCUGCUUCCCCUGCUGGGCCCUCUUCAUUAACACAGAGGAGAUCCUUCUCCUCCUCCGGCAAGACCCCGCCGUGUCCGGGAUCACCCAGGAAUAUGUGAUGAACUUCAUUCCUGCUCUUCCUGCAAUUUUCCUUUAUACCUUAGAAGUGAAAUAUCUGCAAAAUCAGGGCAUUGUCUGGCCUCAGGUUCUCAGCAGCAUUUUGGGAAAUGGUGUCAAUGGCUUGGCUAACUACAUCUUUGUCUACAUUUUCAAUCUGGGAGUGCCGGGCUCCGCUUUGGCUAACACCAUUUCCCAGUACAUCCAGGCCAUUGUCCUUUUCCUGUAUGUCGUGGUGAGAAAACUCUACCUGGAAACAUGGGGAGGGUGGUCCCUCCAGUGCCUGCAGGAGUGGGAAGCCUUCUUGUCUCUGGCCAUUCCGGGCAUGCUCAUGAUAUGUAUCGAGUGGUGGGCUUAUGAGAUUGGGAGCCUCCUCAUAGGUCUGCUCAGCGUGGUGGAGUUGUCUGCCCAGUCCAUAAUUUAUGAGGUGUCAACUGUUAUGUACAUGAUUCCUCUUGGAUUUGGCUCUGCUGUCUGUGUCAGAGUGGGGAACGCACUGGGUGCCGGGGAUACUCAGGCGGCUAAGAGAUCUUCGGUUACUGGGGUGCUGUGCACUGUUGGCAUCUUUUUCGUCAUUGGCUCCCUGCUAACCAUCUUCAAGGAUGUCCUGGGAUGGAUUUUUACCAAUGAUGAGGAAGUCAACGCCCUGGUGAGCUGGGUCAUGCCGGUCUACAUUGUCUAUAACCUGUUUGAGUCCCUCUGUUGCGUCUGCGGCGCCGUGCUGAGAGGAACCGGCAGGCUCAUCUUUGGGGCUGCCGUGAAUGCUGUGGCCUACUACGCCAUUGGGCUCCCCAUCGGGGCCGUGCUGGUGUUUGUAGUGAAAAUCGGAGUCAUAGGCCUCUGGCUGGGGAUGCUGGUCUGCGUCAUCCUGGCCACCAUCACCUUCAUCACCUACACGGCCAGGAUUAACUGGAAGCUGGCUGCGGAGGAGGCUCAGAAACGGACCGGCCUUCACCAGCCAGAGUCCCAGAGCGCGGGCCCCAGGCAGGGGCCGGGCAGGAUGGCCUUUUCCUCAGUGGCUACAGGUAGCAACCCUGGGAUUGUUCUGACGAGGUACUCAAAAGCCGAGAGCCAGGCAGACCUCUUGCCGCCUCUGGAAGCAGCGUCCACCCUUUCUACUGCCUGCAAUGUGCUGUCACUCAAGCAGCUGAUUGUCCGCCGGGGGCUUUGUCUUCUGGGAGCAGUUGCAGUGCUGAUUCUGGGGGUCAUGAUCAAGAUCAUGACUGCCAAGCACUAGCAGGAUGUGUUCUUCCAGAACCCGAGCCAUCCUGAACGAGCGGCCCUGGGACAGUGUUCCCACGGGCCCAUUCUACAGGAAUACGGGUCACAUCACAAGGUACUGAAAACAUCUUUUUAAAUAAUGAGGCCUCUUGGGAACCCAGCCCAACUUUACUUCUGGCUCCAAGGCUGGUUUCCAAGUAAGUCUGCCAUGGUCAGAAGGAACGUCAAGGUGGAACUGCUUACCCUCUCACAUGUGGAUUCCUCGUUUGAAAGACUUCGCAAACUUGAACUAUAAAUCCCAAGGAUUGUCAAAGCUAUUUCCAAGCACGAAUGCUGCAGGGCCCUGGUUAAAGAAACGGUUUCUGAGGGGGAUGCUCCGCCGCCUGGGUUUGUUCUUUUGGAGGCAGUUUCUGUGCACCAGGGGUGCCCAGGAGGCUUGUUCCAUACAAUUCUUCCCUUGAGGGGAAGUGGGAAGGAGUUGGGAACGUCCUCUUCAGAAGUAUCCUAAUCAUCCAGUCUAUUAGAAAUUCUCGGCACUCCCAAGGACAGCAAGGACUUGUUGGUCAUUUGUAGCCACAAAUGUCCUAUUUCAGUUUGACUUAAAUUUCCUUCAGUGUCUUGGAAUACAGUUUAUUCAGUGCUUUGGAAUACAAAGACAUGCUACAAAGAUGUGACUAUCUUUCAGUGGUAUCUAGAGUAGAAUUUAGGGCAGUGUAGAGAACUUAGUCCUCCAUCCCUCUAUCCUCCACCCCCAGAGUACAGUCCUGAACCCCAGAGAAGUGUAUGAUGUGUCUGUGGGGAAAUAGAAAGUUAAAUCAGUGCUGCUGCAGGAUUUCCUCGCAGGCUUCAGCACAUCCAAACAAGGAGAAGAGAUGCAAAUACAGAGUACCUCAAGUUUCAAGUAUUAAAGAUUGACUUUUGGGACACACUGUACAAUAUACCGUGUUUCCCUGACAAUAAGACCUAUCCCGAAAAUAAGCCCUCCCCUUACUGUGUAAGAUUCCUCUAAAAUAAGCCCUCCCCCGAAAAUAAGCCCUAUUGAGAUUGCUACUAUAGUGAAGGUGAUCCCCUGUGCUACAUGAUACAUUACGGUAUCCUCUGUAUGCACCGUAACCCCCUCCUCCCCUCCCUCCCCCCGCCACACUCUGAGCUGCAUCCAAUCAGAGCUGCAGCAGUGAGCGUGUCAUCCUGUUCUUCCCCAGUGAUUUGCUUGCUGGCGCCAUUGAGAGCAUUAAAAUAAGCCCUCCCCUGAAAGUAAGUCCUCUGGUGCUUUUUCUGUCCAAAAAAAUAAUAAGACAGUGUCUUAUUAUUGGGGAAACACGGUAUAACUUUUACGAAAAUUCUUUUUUUUUUUUUUUUUUUUUUUUUUUUGCUGAGACAACUGGGAUUAAGUGACUUGCCCAGGAUCACACAGCUAGGAAAUUUUAAGUGUCUGAGACCAGAUUUGAACUCAGGUACUCCUGACUUCAGGGCUGGUGCUGUAUCCACUGCACCACCCAGCUGCCCUGAAAAUUCUUUUUAUAUCACAAAUUAAAUAAUUUCCCUCACGUCCAUAGUCUUUGAGAAGGAGACACUGAUUCUCCUUGCCCUACGACAGAAAUAUUACUAUCACGUCAUACCACACAACAACCAACUACUUUGCCGAAAAUAUAACUACUUGGGUUAGGUGUGUUUAAUAAAUAAGCCUGUAGCUAGGGUCAUUUACAGCCAGAGUUUCAUCAUAUUUGCAGUACUUCCAAGGUUCCCAGCUAAAGGGAGAAAAACAAAGAUAUGAGAACUAUUUAAAACUCAGCUCAAUUUUAUUAAUCAUAAUAAAGAUUUUUAAUUAGUAA